AGCAAGGAAAUCGAAACAAGCGAAGGUUCGUUCAACGCAGCGCAGCGCAACGCAACGCAACGCAACCCAAAAAAGCACGACCAAAAACGCUCCAAAAAAGGACAGACACAAAACAACACAAAAGAACACACACACACACACACACACACACACACACACACAUCCCAUCAUGCCGGGCAACCAACGGUUCGGGCGAAGCGCUACCACCGGCAACCACCGCCGGCAGCUGGCCCGGGCCUGCAAGAAAUUCGGCCUGCUGGUCCAGCCGAGCGCCCUCAAGGUCCUGGCGGGGGAGCUGGAGGCCCGCGGCGGGGCCGAGUCCGCGGGGUUUCUGGAGUUCCUGGCCCUCUGCAGGGACCGGCUGGCCUCCUCGCCCCGCGGGCCUUCUUCCUCUUCCAGGCUCCUGUCCCUCUCGCUGGUCGAGGAAGUCCUCACGGAAGAGGACCAGCGGAAGGAAGGCCACCGGCAAGAUGCGAUCCUUCCACGGUCCGGGACCGGAUCCAAGCGAUCCAAGGUGGUCCUCCGGGAGGAAGGAGAGCGACCCGGGGAAGAGGAGGCACAAAGUCGGGCGCUAUCGGCCACCGGAAGACGCCGCGGAAGCGCUACCAAGGCGCCGACGAGCUACCGACCUCCGUGGAAGAUCGUCUCGGCCUUUGAGACCCCCCGGCUGGUCUACGAUUCCCUGAGGCGCCGCUUCCGGUACGAUCCGAAAGACGGCUCCUCGUCGUCGUCGUCGCUGCUGAUGGGAACGGCGUCGGACCUGAUGGACGCGAGGAUCCAGCGGUACGAGUUGGUGAAGCAAAAGGUCGACCGGCACCGGGAGCACCACCGGGAGUCCCCGCUGACCACCAUCGAUCGGCUUCUGGGGACCGCUAGCGGGAAAGCCCACGCCAAAAUCCACACCACCGAGCGGACCCUGCUGGGGAUGCUCCGGAGCCACCAAGGGGGCCUGGAGCUCGAGGACCCCACCGGGAGCGUCCCGCUGCGCAUCGACCCGACCGCGACGGCCCUGGACGACCGCGGGGUCUUUCUCGAGGGGAGCCUCGUUCUGGCCACCGGGUCCCACGAGGAAUCCCCGUCGGGGACGGUCUUUUCCUGCCGAUCGGUAGAGCUGCCCCCGCUCGAGCCGAGGGAGACGACGGCCCGGAUUCUCCCGCCCCCGCCGGGGGGAGGGCCCUCCGGCCGAAGGGCCCACGGGCCGGAAGCGGUGGAGUCCCCGGUUCCCAUCUACGCCCUGUCGAAUCUCUGCCUGGACGAGGCGGGCUGCCUGGAGCGGGUGGGAGCCGUCGUGGACCGGAUGGUCCGCGAAACGGGCGGAGACGGAAGCAGCAGCGGAACCGUCGGGGCCGUCCUGGUCCUCUUUGGAAACUUUGGCACCCCCGGGGGCCUCUCCACGGCCGCGGCCCUCGACGAGCUGGCCACCCUCCUGGCCGAGAAGAAGAUCCCGGCCCGCCACUCGGUCCUGCUGGUCCCCGGCCCGGCCGACGUUGGAUCGAACGCCUGCUGGCCACUCCCGGCCUGGGACAGGCGCGAGACCCCGUCCUCCCUCCACCCCUUCCUGGCCGGCGGCAGCAACAGCGGAAGCAGCAACAGCAACCGCGGCCACCACCCUCACUCCAACGCCAGCGGCACCGCGGCCGUCCACCUGUGCACCAACCCCUGCCGGCUGGACUUUUCCGACGGCCGGAGGGUCGUCCUGCUCCGGAAGGACCUGGUCCGGGAGUCCCUCCGGCACCGCCUGCUGGCCGACGGCCCCCGCCGCGACUCCCCGGAGCGGCCCCUGGCCUCCAUGGUCCUGUACCACGCCCUGAGCCAGUCCCACCUGUCCCCCCACUCCCUCCUGGCCCCCUCCAGCGGCCCCGUCUACUGGAGGUGCGACCACUCCAUGGGGCUGGUCCCCCUUCCGGACCUGGUCGUCCUGGGCCUGGACGCCGAGUACCUCGAGGAGGGGGUCCACUACGGCCGCGCCGGGUGCCGGUUUGUCGCCCCCCUCUCGAACCCCUCCCGGGGCGAGUGGCAGUGUGCGGUGGCCGUCCUGGGAAGGACGGGGGCCGGGGGCACGGACCCCUCCGCGGUCCGCGCGGGCCUCCACGUCGAGUUCGACAACGACGACGAGAGCGAUGGAGAGAGCGAUGGAGAGAGCGAGAGCGACGACGAGAUGGAAGGCCGAGAGCGAGAAGAACCAGGCGACGAGGCCACCGCGAACAAAGAAAACGACGACGACGACGACGACGACGACUCGUCGCUGGAACCGACACAAGCAACCGACCGAGACAUUUUCGAACGCUACCGUGCCCUGGGCGGGACACAGACCGACACGCAGCUCUCGCAGUCGACGCAGUUAUCGGCGUACUGACCACGGUCCCGUGGGUUUUGUGCAAUCCGAUAGAAAUCCAACAAUUCAACAAAAAAAAAACGAUUCAAAGUAAACCUUAAACCCAAUG